UAUUUUCAGUACUUCUCUUCAAGUCUUCACCAUCUCUAAGUUCUCUAUCCCUUCUUACAAACAAUCUCUAUGAAGUUUACAAAGCUAGUUUUCGUAUCGGUUCUCAUCGUGGUUAUAGUCCUAAGCACUUCAGCAGCAUCAAAUCUAGACCAUCAACAAGAUACUACUGAUUUUAAUGAUGCAAUAAUGGAUUCAUCAGAGUACUCUUCAGCACAAGGUCGCUGGCUCUUGCAAAACAAACGAACUCGUAGGGUUACUUGCAAGAAGUUUCCCGGGAUUUGUGAUGCAAAGGGGAGCCCUGGACCUCAAUGCUGCAAGAAAAAAUGUGUGAACAUAUUAACAGACAGGCAUAACUGUGGAAAGUGUGGGAAGAAAUGCAAGUACAAUGAGAUAUGCUGUAAGGGAAAAUGUGUGAAUCCAUCUUUCAAUAGGAAACAUUGUGGUGGAUGCAACAAUAGGUGCAGCAAUGGAGAGUUUUGUGUUUUUGGUCUGUGCAAUUACGCUUAGAAAGAAAUUUAUUUUCUUUAUAUUCUUUUGUGGUUGUUGUUUAUCAGAAGAAUUUUGUAGUUCUUUCAAUGAAUAUCAUUGAUUUUUUUUUUAAA